AGAAUGACGCGUACGCACCAGAAUCCAUUAUGGAUAUAUGUGCACAGAAUUUAAUAGUUACAAGUGACUUUACCUUUUUCCUGUAGUCGCGUAAAUGCUUAUUAAUUGCUGUUAAGGUUUUUGAAAAAGCGAAGAAAAACAAGAAAAUUGAGGGCCAAUGUCUUCCAUUUCUGGGUUCUUGAUUGUGAAGCCUGAAAAUGGUGGGAUUUUGGACCUCUUCAAGUUCUUGGCCUUGAAUAAUCAACAAAGUGUAGCCAAAUUUCUUGAAGGUUCCCAUGGUGAUGGUGUGGUGGUGUUUGAGGAAGAAGUCAAUGGUGAUAACAGAUGGGGGAUAGUUGUGUCGAUAAUAGCGAGGAAAGUUAUAAAGAUAUUUGGGAAGCCUCUGGAAUGGACUGGAUACCUUGUGGAGUUCAUCCUAAACCUUCUAUCUCUCAAUGGAAACUUUCUUGGAUUGGCCUACAGAAUUUUACAUGGAGACAUUGUGAUACCACAAAGAGGCUCGGAAACAUUUAUUAGUGCAAUUGGACAUUUAGAUGGGCGUAUAGAUCUGUACAAGAGCGAUAUGUUGCUUAAAGAGUUUGAUGAACCUAAUAUUCUUAACAAUCUUUUGAGACCAGAAAUGGGAAAUCAGGCACUUUUUGACCUGUGCCUAAUGGCUUCAAAAUUAGCCUACGAGAAUGCUAAGGUCGUUAGAAAUGUCAUAAAUCUUCACUGGAAGAUGCAUUUUGUGGAUUUCUAUAACUGCUGGAAUGAAUAUCAGAAAGAAGAGUCGACCCAAGUUUUCAUAUUAUGUGAUAAGCCAAAGGAUGCAAAUCUGAUAUUAAUUAGCUUUCGAGGAACAGAACCUUUUGAUGCUGAUGAUUGGAUUACAGAUUUUGACUACUCUUGGUACGAAAUACCAGAAAUUGGUAAAGUGCAUAUGGGGUUCUUAGAGGCCUUAGGGUUGGGCACUAGAAAGAAUACCUUGUCAUUCCAAGAAAAUCUCCAAGUAAAAAAUGUUAAUUCUGGUAACUUUAAUCGUCUUUAUGCUAGUACUCCUUCUGAAGGUUAUAAAUUGUCUACCUCUAAUCAACAAGGUGUAUUGGACCAGUCUUCCGACAAGAAGCUACUUCCAGUUAUGGGAGAGAGGACUGCAUAUUAUUCCUUGAGAAGUAAACUCAAAAGCUUACUAAAGGAACAUAAGAAUGCAAAAUUUGUUGUCACGGGGCAUAGUUUGGGAGGAGCACUGGCCAUAUUGUUCCCAACAGUACUAAUUCUUCACGAGGAGGAUGAGGUCAUGCAACGGUUUUUAGGUGUAUACACGUAUGGACAACCAAGGGUUGGUAACAGGCAGUUAGGGAGGUUUAUGGAAUCACAUCUGGAAUAUCCCAAUCCGAAGUACUUCAGGGUAGUGUAUUGUAAUGAUAUUGUUCCAAGGUUACCUUAUGACAAUAGAACCUNGUUUCGUGUCUCAAUAGAAGUUUCCUUUUCUAUUCAUAAGAGUUUGGUCAUUUCUAAUAUUGAAAGACUGUAUACCCAGCUAUACUUCUCGACUAGGAUUUUCUCCUUUAUCGGAACAAUCAGAAAGCGUUUAAAAUUUAUCCACGGCUGA